CCGUGCCCCCGAGUACCGGGGACCUCAGGGAAGCCGGCUCACGGAGACUGUCCCGCGGGUCGCCUGAGUCCAGGCUCGCCCGGGCGCUGCCCAGGCAACAGUGCCUCCAGUCCCCCCGCCCUGGGGAGACGUGUGAGCCUGCCGGUCUCCCCGCGGGAUGUGAGGGCAAAACGCAAUAGCGGCUGUAAAAUUCUCUACAGGCAGAACUGCGGAUACCUAGGAUGACGCAAUCUCGGCGCGAGGUGGGGAGCGGCUCCGCGAGGACCUCAGCCUGGAGAGAUCGCCUGGGAAGCGGAAGCCGUCGGUAGCGAAGUGGCGGCUGACGGUGACGGUGGUUCAGACAAGACUGAGGACCAGAAAGGGAAUGUGACCUCCCCAAAGUCACAGAGUAAUUGGUAGAGCUGGACAAGAACCUAAGCCUGUAACUGAAGAGACCAGAGGUCUUUCUGUUACAUUCUUGGGAAGCAGACGGUAAGAAUUUCACUUUCCCAACGACAGAAGUUAUGUCUUAUGGUUUGUUCUAUGUUCCCAACAUCCAGUCCAAGGCCAGGCUCAUAGAUCUUUGCAAAUUAUCUUGUGAGAAAAAUGCCUAAAGUCAAAAGAAGCCGGAAAGCUCCCCCAGAUGGUUGGGAGUUGAUCGAGCCAACACUGGAUGAAUUAGAUCAAAAGAUGAGAGAAGCUGAAACAGAACCUCAUGAGGGAAAGAGGAAAGUGGAAUCUCUGUGGCCUAUCUUCAGGAUCCACCACCAGAAAACCCGCUAUAUUUUUGACCUCUUUUAUAAGCGGAAAGCCAUAAGCAGAGAACUAUAUGAAUACUGUAUUAAAGAAGGCUAUGCUGAUAAAAACCUGAUUGCAAAAUGGAAAAAGCAGGGGUAUGAGAAUUUAUGCUGCCUGCGCUGCAUUCAGACACGGGACACCAAUUUUGGGACGAACUGCAUUUGCCGGGUCCCCAAAAGCAAGCUGGAAGUGGGCCGGAUCAUCGAGUGCACGCACUGCGGCUGCCGGGGCUGCUCUGGCUGAGGUCCUUAGGCCCUGACCCCUCUUCACCCUGAACUUUGGACUUCUUGGGUUUCUGCCCGUGGUGCCACCCUCUUUCCUAGGAGCAGCUUUUCCUGCAGAGCAGUGCUCCUGGCCUGAGUUGGAGCAUGGUCUCCGUAUGUAAA